AUGUUGACGGAAUUCUUUUCAAUGAAUCAAACAAAUAAAGAUGCAGAAAAUCUUAAUCCUCUGUACAAGGAAUUUCCUCAACAUUUUGUCUGGGAUGAAGGUGAUAGAAUAUGGUAUACUAGAAAACGAUGGCAGGUCAUCGGUCGUCUAAUAACAGCACAUCCAAUUGAAGGAGAAAGAUAUUAUCUCAGAAUACUGCUCAUGCAUGUUCGAGCACCAACAUCCUUUGAUGAUCUAAAAAUAGUUAAUGGUUAUCUAGCAUCUUCAUUUAAAGAAGCAGCAGAAUUACGAGGAUUGCUUCAUAUAGAUAAUGGAGCUGAAGAAUGCUUAUCAGAAGCUAUUCUCUACAAAAUGCCACAAUGUCUAAGACAGCUAUUUGCAGUGAUCUUAGUCCACUGCUCACCAGCUGAUCCACAUAAACUAUGGUCGAAGUUUCCGCAGCAGACUCAUCAUUAUCAGAAACUGAAAUUAUCACAAAGGUCCUUGCUUCGAUUGAUCACUAUUUGCAAAUAA